CUUGUUUCUGCCUUUUUUUUUCCAUAAAGGCUAUUUGAUUCCAUUAUGAGUAACUUACUCCUGCAGUUUUUGUGGUAUGAGUAUUAGACUUUUCUUUGGUCUUGCUUAUAAUUUAUCAAUUUGUUUUACUGACUAGUUUUUUUUUGUUUACUGCGGAAUCAUUAUGGAUAAUAUGGCUGUCCCAUUUGCAGAAAGAUAGCAAGCUUUUUAGUAUUAUAGGAGUGGAUUCUGCUGGUCUUUCUUGCUCAAUUUUACAUUGGUUUUCUUUAUUGAUCUUGAAAGCACAUUUCUUUUUGAAGAUAAUCAUCAAUCAGUCAGUUAUGGAUUUUUUUUUGGGGGGUAUUUAUUCUUCCACAACCAUGGUUCUCAGACUUCAAGAAUCAAUCAGUGAUUGUUAUUAGGACUUCUGCCAGUUGUGUUUUUGGGGAUUCCUUGUUCUUGGCUUCUUUGAUUCUGAGGUGUACAGACUACAGAGCUUGAUAUUCCCAUGAUUCUUAUGUAUAUUCUAUCGUCUCACAAGCAGUUUCUGGGACCAACAAGUAUGCAUUGUCUCUAGGAAUUGAUUUUCAAAUUUUGGUGGAUUGUGGUUUUCUUAUUGAAUGGCUCUCUUCAAGAUCUCUCGUCCAACAUGAUGUUGAAGCAUUGUCCUUUUUCUGUGUAAUUGAAUGUAUCUUCAAGAUUGGUUGUUAUUUAUCGAUGGGAGACAAUGACUUUCACUUAUUUAGUACCCAUUUGUGGCUUUCUCCCACUCCUGGCAGACGUCACAAUCUUGAUGGUGACUUAAGAGAUAAACUUGGUAGACACUUUUCUCCAGAGCGGAGACCUUCUUUGGACAGAAGUGGAAGGAGAGUACAAAGAUUUAGUGGACAUGAAAAUCCCAGGGCCUUUGAGAAGCGAAGAGAUGUAGACUACAGGGAGAACCGCAGAUAUGAUGAACGAAGUGAUUAUGCUGGAAGUAGGAUUGAAGUCAGGGAAAGAGAUGAACGAAAUAAGUUUCUGGGAUAUAAUAAUGUUCUGGAAGAGCAGUUAAAAGAUGUAGAGCAAGAUGUUAAGAUGUUAACUGAUGAAAAAUUACGGUUGGAGGCUGCUGUUGAAAGGAAGGCACGGGAUGCAGACAGUCUUACUUCUAAGAUCCAGGAGCUUAGGACCCAGUUGGAUAGAGAGAAAGAGGAAUGUAAGAGGAUAACUUCAAGCACGAAGAAAUUUGUGAAAGAAUAUAAUCGUUUCUUGCGGGCACAAGAUGAUGUAAAGAGGUCAGAAGCUCGUCUUCAGAAGUUAGGAACCCAACUUAGUACGUAUCUUCUUGGAAACGAAGGCAACGACAUGGAAACAGACAUCGAGAUUGAGAGCGAUGAAGAGAAAAAUGGUCGGAAUCUGAGAAGUGCUUCUGAUUUACAAAAUGAGCUGCAGAAUACUUCUUCAGUGUCCAGGAAAAGGCAUUAUGUGGAACAGUAUACUACCAAAGAAUCUGUUCAAGAUGCCUUGAUAGGAAGACGUGAAGAAGAUAAGGUGGAGAAUGGGAGGAGUCCUUCUCGUUGGAAUAGGAUUCCUUCGAUAUCAUUUUCUGAAGAGGAAAGUAGAGCGCGGAACGAGGAAGACACGAUGAACAAGUCCUCAUCGAAGGAAGACACUAGGAAAAGAAGAAGGCUCUCUUCUGGCACCUCAUCUAGCAAUAAGGUAAUGUCGUCAACAAGCAUGGCAGCUCGGGUAUCUGAUGAAGUGGCAGAGUUUGAUGAAGAAAAUACUCGAGAAGCCAAUGGCUCUCCUCUCAUAUCUCUUCCUCCACCCCCACCUUUCAGAAAUGCUCAUUUUCAUGGAGACGAGGAGACAAAAGUCGAUGUGAUUGAACGGAGGAAAGCCGAUGAUGUUGAUUCCGUCUGAUCUUAAUCUGAAUUCAUAACCUCUUAGACAGAAAGUUCUGUUCUUUAAGUAAUAUAUGCUAGGGAAGCUUUUGCAUUUUGUUCUGUGCAGUACUUAAAACAAAGACUAGAAUGGGUACAUGAUGAUCUUUAAAUAUAUUUAAUCUCCAGGAGAACUAA